CAGCUAGGGGUGAGGGGGACGGAUUAUUCAUAUAAUUGUUAUACCAGACGGUCGCAAGCUUAUUCCAGUUGCAGAGAACCCGCUUCCCAGGCUUCCGAGAGUCUCGGAAGUGCCUAAACCUAUGUAACCGACGGGGCUUGGGUAGCUGGUCGCUCCCUGGUGUCUUCCCAUUACCCAGGGAGGGCAGUCAAGUGGUGCCUCCCGCAUCCCCCACCCUUUCCCUUAGCCCUUCCCUCCGGCCCGUCCUGGCAGGUGACCUGGAGCAUCGGGCAGGCUGCCCUGGCCUCCUGCGUCAGGACAACGCCCACGAGGGGCGUUACUGUGCGGAGAUGCAUCGCGCAAGAGACACCCUUUGUAACUCUGGUCUCCUCCCUAAUGCGAGGUUAAAACCUUCAACCCCACGUGCUGUUUGCAAACCUGCCUGUACCUGAGGCCCUAAAAAGCCAGAGAACUCACUCCCGGGGAGCCAGCAUGUCCACUGCGGUCUUGGAAAACCCAGGCUUGGUCAGGAAACUCUCUGACUUUGGACAGGAAACAAGCUAUAUUGAAGACAACGCCAAUCAAAAUGGUGCCAUAUCACUGAUCUUCUCACUCAAAGAAGAAGUUGGUGCAUUGGCCAAAGUAUUGCGCUUAUUUGAGGAGAAUGAUAUAAACCUGACCCACAUUGAAUCUAGACCUUCUCGUUUAAAGAAAGAUGAGUACGAAUUUUUCACUCAUUUGGAUAAACGUAGCCUGCCUGCUCUGACAAACAUCAUCAAGAUCCUGAGGCACGACAUUGGGGCCACUGUCCAUGAGCUUUCACGAGAUAAGAAGAAAGACACAGUGCCCUGGUUCCCAAGAACCAUUCAAGAACUGGACAGAUUUGCCAAUCAGAUUCUCAGCUAUGGAGCGGAACUGGAUGCUGACCACCCUGGUUUUAAAGAUCCUGUGUACCGUGCAAGACGGAAGCAGUUUGCUGACAUUGCCUACAAUUACCGCCAUGGGCAGCCCAUCCCUCGAGUGGAAUACACGGAGGAAGAAAAGAAAACAUGGGGUACAGUGUUCAAGACUCUGAAGUCCUUGUAUAAAACCCAUGCUUGCUACGAGUACAAUCACAUUUUUCCACUUCUUGAAAAGUACUGUGGCUUCCAUGAAUAUAACAUUCCCCAGCUGGAAGACGUUUCUCAAUUUCUGCAGACUUGCACUGGUUUCCGCCUCCGACCUGUGGCUGGCCUGCUUUCCUCUCGGGAUUUCUUGGGUGGCCUGGCCUUCCGAGUCUUCCACUGCACACAGUAUAUCAGACAUGGAUCCAAGCCCAUGUACACCCCCGAACCUGACAUCUGCCAUGAGCUGUUGGGACAUGUGCCCUUGUUUUCAGAUCGCAGCUUUGCCCAGUUUUCCCAGGAAAUUGGCCUUGCCUCUCUGGGUGCACCUGAUGAGUACAUUGAAAAGCUUGCUACAAUUUACUGGUUUACUGUGGAGUUUGGGCUCUGCAAACAAGGAGACUCCAUAAAGGCAUAUGGUGCUGGGCUCCUGUCAUCCUUUGGUGAAUUACAGUACUGCUUAUCAGACAAGCCAAAGCUCCUUCCCUUGGAGCUGGAGAAGACAGCCAUCCAAAAGUACACUGUCACAGAGUUCCAGCCCCUGUAUUAUGUGGCGGAGAGUUUUCAUGAUGCCAAGGAGAAAGUAAGGAACUUUGCUGCCACAAUCCCUCGGCCCUUCUCAGUUCGCUAUGACCCAUACACCCAAAGGAUUGAGGUCUUGGACAAUACCCAGCAGCUUAAGAUUUUGGCUGAUUCCAUUAACAGUGAAAUUGGAAUCCUUUGCAGUGCCCUCCAGAAAAUAAAGUAAUGCCACGGACAGAACUUGGUCUGUCAACUGUGAAUCUAUUGAUGGAGAUCCAUCUAUUUCUUUCAUCAGAAAAAGUCUGAAAAGCAAACCUUAAUUUGAAAUAAGAGCCUUAAAUCCUUUUUAGAACAAGAUGGAGAAACAACAAAUAAGUCAAAAUAAUCUGAAAUGACAGGAUAUGAGUACAUACUCAAAAGCAUAAUGGUAAAUCUUUUGGGGUCAUCUUUGAUUUAGACAUGAUAAUCCUAUACACUCAAUUGAGUUAAAUCAGUAAUCUGUCACAUUUCAUCAAGGUUAAUUAAAAUUUGGGACCUGCUUCAUUCAAGCUUCAUAUAUGCUUGUAGAGAAUUCAUAAAGGAGCAUAUAAGGCUAAAUGUAAAACACAAGACUGUCAUUAUAAUUGAAUUAGUGGGCUUCCUAUAAAUCAUAACCUAUGAAGUUUAUUUUCUGUUGGAGUUAACUGUGAUUCCAAUUACUGCUUUGUUAUUGUACCUAAGUAAAUUUUCUUUAAUUCAGAAGCCCAUUAAAAUAUUUAUAAGCAUUGAACUUCUUUAGUAUUAUAUUAAUAUAAAGCAUUUUUGUAUGCUUCGUUGUAAUUAUAAAUACUGCUGUAUAAGGUAAUAAAACUGUGCACCUAAUCCUCAUAACUUUCAGUUUCAUUUUCCAAUUAAUUAUCAAGUCUGUUUUGGGAGACAUUUUGAAGACAUUUAUGAUGCAGCAGAUGUUGACUAAAGGCUUGGUUGGUAGAUAUUCAGGAAAUGUUCAUUGAAUAAAUAAGUAACUACAUUAUUGAAAAGCAAAUCUCUAUAAAUAUGAAAAUUUUAUUUGUAUUAGAAAUAAAACAUUAGUAGUUUAA